AGCAGAAACAGCUUCGCGUGAAGCGGAGAAGAAGAGCAAACGGCAAAGGCGCAAAUCCAGCGGCACGAGUUCGAAAUGGAUUGGAGCCAGAACUGGUUGAGUUCUCCCGUUGUUCGCGACUCAGAGGUGACUCGAGCUGCGCGGAGAAAAAGCUCUCACAAAAAGGUGGCAUUUCCACUUGCGCAGGUUGAGUCUCCUUCAGCCUCCACAGCCACUCCUGCUCGAGCUCUGCUACGGCACACUCCUGGGUCACUCAUCAAACAGUCCUUCACCCCCAGAAGUGCUCUGAAGAACCCAGAUGUGUCGGCUAUUUUAGGCACAGGGAGCAGGCCGUCCCGCUUUGUGAACACACCACGCCCCAAAGGCAGCCUCAGCAUGAACCUGGACGACAGUGACUGGACGAACAGUCUGUAUCCCUCUCCGCUCUCUGUGCUGGGGGACGCCAGCUUCACUGAUGAGAUGAACAUGAGUGCUGUGAUGCUGAAGGAGGAGGACCCUGGAGAGGCUGCCUCUGUGAGCCUGUUUCCGGAGUUUCUGCAGUCGUACCUGCGUCACUCGUCCAGCGCUGUGUUUGACCUGUUGGAGGAGUAUGAGACUAUCUGUCAGGAUAAGGUGAACACGCUGCAGAAGUUGGUUCUGCGCUCAUCCUCCAGUCAGCAGAAGUCCUCUAAAACUGCCAGCAUCACCUGGCUACUGCAGCAGGAGAUGGUCACCUGGAGACUCAUCACCUCUCUUUACAGGGACAGGAUCCAGACAGCUAUGGAGGAUGGGCUGAUGAUGGAUAUAACUGCACCCAGUGAAAGUGAGAAGGCAAUAAUGGAGCAGUUCUUUCAGAGGGACAGCAUGGUCCGACAGAGCCAGCUGGUAGUGGACUGGCUGGAGAGCAUUGCCAAAGAUGACAUUGGCGAUUUCUCUGAUAAUAUCGAGUACUAUGCCAAGUCUGUGUACUGGGAGAACACCCUGCACACUCUGAAGCUGAGGCGAGAUCAGUCCAGUGCAGGUUUCAGCAGGCCACUGGUGACGGAGCUGGACCCCGAUGCCCCCAUCAGGCAGAAAAGGCCUUUGGCUGAUUUGGACCGAGAGGACGACGCUCGACUGCUCAGAUUUCUCUUCACACUCAUUCGCGCAGGAAUGACUGACGAGGCUCAGAGGUUAUGUAAGCGCUGUGGUCAGGCUUGGCGGGCUGCCACUUUGGAAGGGUGGAAGCUUUACCAUGACCCCAACAUCAAUGGAGGUGGUGCAGAGUUGCAGCCAGUGGAAGGGAAUCCUCAGAGGUGUGUGUGGAAAGUGUGCUGUUGGAGGAUGGCAGAGGAGGAGCAGUUUAACAGGUAUGAAAGAGCCAUCUAUGCUGUGCUGAGCGGAAACCUUCGACAGCUGCUGCCUGUGUGUGAGACGUGGGAGGACACUGUUUGGGCAUAUUUCCGUGUUCUGGUGGACUCUUUGUUGGAGCAGGAGCUCCGUUCCUCAGGAAUGAGUCACGAGGACCUGGAGGAGCUGCCCAGAGAAUACCUGGAGGCCAGUUGGACAAUGGAGAAAGUAUUUGAGGAGCUACAAGCUACUGAGUCAAAGAGGGUUCUGGAGGCAACCAAGGAGCACUACCACAUCAUCCAGAAGUUUGUCAUCCUCGGAGAUUUGGAUGGUCUUCUGGAGGAGUUCAGUGACUGGUUGGGGAGGAGUCCGCCGUUGCCGGCACAUCUGCUGCGCUUCAUGACACACCUGGUGUUGUUCUACCGCAGUCUGGGCAUGCAACUGAAGGAGGAGGUGUGUGUGGAUGUGUUGAAGGCAUACAUCUCUCUAUUAGUGAAGGAGAAACAAGUGGAGCUGAUCGCAUUUUAUGUCAGUAACCUGCCAGCGGACAUAGCUGUUACUCAGUACGCUCGAUUCCUCGAGGAAGUGACCGAGACAGAGCAACGAAAACGCUGCCUGGAGCUGGCCAGCCAAGCUGGUCUGGAUGUGGCAGCGGUGACUAAGACGGUGGUAGAGGCCAUCAGAGACAGAGACAGUGAGGAAUUUUCUCACCAUGACCUGACACCUGCACUGGACACGGGGACUUCAGCGGAAGAUCAGCAGAAAAUUGAUGUCAUUGAUUGGCUGGUGUUUGACCCUGCCCAACGUGCCGAGGCUUUGAAGCAGAGUAAUGCCAUCAUGAGGAAAUUUUUGGCCUCUAAGAAACAUGAGGCUGCUAAGCUGGUCUUUGCCAAAGUUCCAGAAGAUUCCAUUAGGGAAAUCUACCGUCAGUGGGAGGAGCAAGGAAUGAACACGGCGGCUCCUGCUGAGGAGGAGAAUGCCAUUCGUGAACACCUCUGUAUCCGGGCCUACCUGGAGGCUCAUGAGGCCUUUAAUGAGUGGUUCAGGCACAUGAACUCUCCUCCCGUACAGCCCACCAUGCCAGCGCAGGCCAAGUUCACUGAGAAGGUGGCCUUUGAGAUGAAGGAGAAAGAGUACAAGUUGGAGUAUGAGAACUGGAAAGGUAGGCUGGAUGCUCUGACAGAGGAGGUGAAGGAAAGGAUCUACAACGUUCUGUUGUUUGUGGAUGGCGGCUGGAUGGUGGAUGUCAGAGAUGAUGCUGAAGAAGACUCUGAGCGCUCUAUCCAGAUGGCUCUUUUGCGGCGUUUGUGUUUACCAAUGAUGACGUUUCUGCUGCUGACGGUUCUGCAGCGGACGGAGCGGCACCAGGAGAGCCUCCGCCUUGCUGACAUCAUUGCCUCUGACCAGCACAGGCUAUAUGAGGUGUUCUCUAAGGACGAGCUGCAGAAAUUUCUUCAGAAGAUGAGGGAGUCGUCUCUGCUGCUGUUAGAUAAAGGACUGGAUCCUCUUGGCUAUGAGCUUCAAUCCUAAACACCACUUCUCACUCUCUUUCUGUUUCUUAUGUUUAAAAGAAUGAGAUUUGUUUUCUAUUUUGUAUUCCAAUAAAGAUUUGUUAAUGGUUUGUGAA